AUGCAACCUUUAUUGAUGGAGCUUGCGAAAAUUUAUGAACAGGUUUAUAGUCUCGCUGAAACACCAAAUUCUUUACAAGCAUCUGUUAAACAUGCUUUAGAAAUCAUAGAAGAGGCAUUGAAUAGAUAUGGAACCAAUGGAUUAGCGUUGUCUUUUAAUGGGGGAAAAGACUGCACUGUACUUUUAUAUUUAUAUUCAGCGGCUCUUUAUAAAUUCUCACAAAAAUCCGGUGAAAAAAUACCAAAAAUUCAGAGCGUAUAUAUUACUAAUCUUAACCCUUUUGCCGAGGUUGAUGCAUUCGUGGAAGAAUCUAUACACCGAUACAGAUUAGAUCUUAUUAAAGUAGAAAGUCCAAUGAAACAGGCCUUAGCUACUUAUUUGGAAAAUCGGCCAAGUGUGAAGGGUAUCCUGGUUGGUAAUAGAAGAAAUGAUCCAUAUAGUGAGCGUCUAUCUGAAUUUGCACCAACCGAUCCCGGUUGGCCUAAUUUUAUGCGUAUACAUCCGAUUCUAGAUUGGCAUUAUAAUCAGAUAUGGGAGUUUUUACAAAAGUUAAAAGUACCUUAUUGUAGUUUGUAUAAUAUAGGAUACACUUCACUCGGUAGUACUGUUAACACCCGGGCCAAUCCAGAUCUCCGUAACCCUAAUAAUCCUAAUGGUUUUGAUCCAGCCUGGAAGUUAACAGACGAGAGUAAAGAACGAAAUGGACGAACAGUCGAAAAAUACACCAUAAAGACAAUAUUAUCUAAUUCAACGACAUCGGCAACAAUAACAAACGAUAUAAAUAAUGAAGGAUGA